AGCUGGCUUCAUCAACCGCCUCUCUCACGACGCGACGGCUAUGUUUUAUCUCUCUCAUUCCUACCCCAUGAUACGGCUACCACUUUUUCGCCGCGAGUAGCAAGAAACGCAUUCACGAUGGCUUGUAGAAGUCCGCCGAGCGUGGCGCAACCCCCGCGCAUGCGACCACCUAGCCCCCAGGUUGUCGUGGGGAAUGAAAUGAGGGAUAGUCCUCCGUACGACUACGCUCCGUCAAUGCGACCGCGACAAGGAAGCCCGCAGGUGGUGAUCAAUACCAGGCGAGACGGAUUGAACCCCGACUAUGCGCAAUCGCACAAUCUGAAUUGGCAGCCUAGCUGGCCUAUAACCUCUGAGCAAGAAGCCCUGCCGAAACUCAAGGUCGAGUGGGAAACGCGACCGCACGCAGACCCGGCCGUAGCUUACGAGGGCUUCGAGAAUGUCCUUGUUAUCGAGCUCAACGACUUCGAGAUCUACGUAUGCCCUGAUUCCAAAUACGGCGGCGAGCUUUGUUCACUCGAAUAUCUGGAUGUUCGAGGAAAAAAGCUGUGGGUCGAUGGUAUUCUUUCCAUGGGCAACCAACGAUUUUACGUACAAAAAAUGCAUAUCAAGUCAUACUCAGUCAGCGGCUAUGGAAUAGAAGACGAGGACUCUGACACGGAAGUAUACAUCCAAUCUCAAAUUGCGAGUCAAGAUCAGCAAUUCGACAUCUGGUAUCUGUUAAAAGCCCCUCGUGGGCGGUACAAGCACAUCCAAGAGCUCUUUUCCUGGGUCACAGUGUUGGGCAAGCACGUCGUUGAUUACCUGGAGCUCCAGCCUGACGGCAUUUGCAUAGGAUUAAGAUCAUUCGAGAAGGAUUUCCAUGGAUGGCUUACAUCCCAUUACCCAAAGAAUCAGGCCAUCCAGCAAUGGGUCAAUGCACACGAAGGGACCGACUUCCGGAAAGCUGUUCACGCUCACAUCGACUACAUAAGCCAAGAAGUCUACAACCUGGCCAACCAAGAGUUGCUGGUAGAACAUUCGCUCUGGGGUGACUGCAUGAGAGACGACCAUGGGUCAAUCAUACCGCAACCACUCGUGCAAUCUAAUACUAUCGUAACCCCUCACACAUACGCGUGCUUCAAGAACAGAUAUUUUGGUUCAAAACUAGCAGAGAUGCCCCCAGCUGAAGAGAUGGCUAUUGAGCAAGAGAAUCGAAAGCGGUUACUAGGUUUCCCAGCGGGUGCACCGCGUGGUCGAUUGCCGCGCUUAGGGGACCACAACCAUCAAUCCACGGAGAUCCGAGUUGGAGAGGUUGUUUCGUUCACCCCAAACGACGAAGAGAAACGUAUUUGGAGAGAAGAUGAGAGUUCCAACCAGUGGUUUGCCUUUGUGCGCGAUGUUAAGCCAAUGAGCAAUGGUACCCAACGCAUCUACGUCAUCUGGUUAUACCGACCAGAGGACACGACUAUAUCGACUAUGGAUUAUCCAGUGAAGAAUGAGCUUUUUCUCUCAGAUUCAUGCAAUUGCAACGACGAAGCAAUACACUCCUCUGAAGUUACGGGACGAUACAGCAUCGAAUGGUUUGCCACUACUUUCAGCUCUGAGAAAGAUUAUAUUGUUCGUCAGAAGUAUUUGACCGAGAGCAGCUCUUUUGUGAGCUUGUCCAGAUCAGACUUCGAUUGCGACUGUCACGAGAACGACGAGAUGAAAAAGGCUCGUACGUACCAACGUGGGGAUACUAUAUACAUAGCCCGUCGUGGGGCGGAAUUUCUUUCCCCCGUGGUGGUACAUGAUAUCGACUUCAAAAGGCAGGACAUCACAGUGCGUGUUCUCUUACGAUACAAAACUUGCGCCGAGUACAUUGGCUACCUACCUCGAACUAAAGACAUCGAUAACGAGCUGGUUUGGACAAAAGAGUUCUUUACUGUCCCGUUGCGUCGUGUUGGGCGCAGAUGCCAUAUCCGCUAUUUCACCCCAGAGGGCAUCGAACAGUUACCAUACCCCUACAACAGAAAUGGCGCAGGUGACUAUUGGGUGAUAUCGACAUUUGCCAUGAAGCAAGAUAGCAGGCCUCAUAUAAGGCUUCUACCAGCAGCGCCUUCUAGCCUACUUCAGGCUCCUGAUCUGAGUCCCCUCGAGGACAAGAACAAACUCCCUGGCCUGAGUUUGUUCAGUGGUCUCGGUAAUCUUGACAAAGGACUUGAACAGAGCGGUAUGGUGAAUACCAAAGCUUUCGUUGACAUGUGCCCUGAAGCUAUUCAUACGCUCUACGCAAACGCUGAGGAUCCCGACAAACUCAAACUAUGGUUAGGAUCAGUAGAUGAUUACCUGGCAACGUUGCUGUCUGGCAAAGGCACAAAAGACAGCGCCGUUUUGUCCAUUGGGGAAGCAGCAGUCAUUUCAGCAGGAAGCCCAUGUCCAGGGUUCUCAACUUUGCAGCUGAACUCGCUAAGCGAUGAAUCGUUACGGAACGCCUCCCAUGUGACGACGAUAUGUUCAUUCGUUGACAUGUACCGGCCAAAAUGGGCAUUCCUUGAGAACGUCGUGAAUAUGGCGUCCACACGCAAAAAGCAAGAUGGAGAAUUAGUACUUUCCCAGCUUGUAGCAUGCCUUGUUUCUAUGGGAUAUCAAGUGCAACAGUUUAUCAUGAACGCCUGGAGCUACGGGAGUUGUCAGCGUCGAUCUCGGCUCAUUCUCUCAAUCUCUGCCCCGGGGCUUGUUCCAAUAACCCCUCCAGCAGCUACCCAUUCGAACCCCGAAGGCUUCAACGCCAGGCGAGUCGGAGAGCUCCGUAACGGACAGGGCUUUGGCGCGCAAGAAAAUUGCCUCACGCCAUUUCCUUACGUUUCAGCGGCCCGAGCACUGAGUCACUUGCCCGACAUAGGUAACGGGGUCAUAGGUGGAUGCAUUCGUCAUCCAGAUCAUCGUCUCUGGGCACCAAUGAAUUCGGUCCAUCGCACAAUCAUGCAACGGAUUCCUAGAGAACCGCAAGGGUCGGGCUUGAAAGAAGCCAUUCAAAUGAAGCUCAUACCUUCUCAUCUUAUUAAGAGUAGGAAAAAAGAAGUCGGUAAAGCCUACCAAAGAAUCAAGAAAGAUGGCCUUGUGUCAACUAUCUUGACUCAACCAUUCCCUGCGGACGCCAGACAGGGCGGCAUUGUUCAUUGGGCCCAAGAUCGUCCUAUUACUAUCGAGGAAGCCCGCAAAACUCAGGGGAUUCCAGUAUCUGAUGUGAUAGUUGGUUCACAAUCUGCACAGAUGCGGAUGAUCGGCAAUGCUGUUGAUCGACAUGUCUCAGAGGCUUUGUCAUUGGAAUUGCGUUAUGCUGUGCAAAAGAGCAUACGUUUCAAUCCAGAGCAAGAAACCAAUUCAUUUGUCCGUAUUCAGGUCGCAGGUUGCAACUCAGUAGCAACCGCAACAUCUACACAAUCACAAGGGCAUGACCCUCGUUAUCUAAGGGAAAUGAAGCCAGUGCUUUCGACUUCUAGUACCACAUCUGAAGACAUUGUGAGAGCUCGAGUGUCGCAACGAGAUAGGGAAGACAAGAACACCACAAAGGCCUGGGUAGCACAGGGCUUGCUACGUUAUCCUGCAUGUAGCCAGUCAUCCUUGUCAGUCCUUAGCAAGCGUACAUACGAAGAGGUGCCGGCGUCUGUGGAUACUCCUGGGACUAUAAAAUACCUUGCCUCGCCCAACCCUGUCAAAAAACAAAAGCGAGAGGAAAAUACUAGUUCAGUCUCGAACAACAUUGGGAAUCCGCAUGGAUUGCCAAACGGAUCAUGCUCUUUCUCCCCUCCUAGGUCAACUCCAACCGUUGAUUCAGAUGAUUCAGAGGGCAGAAAAACACGACAUUCUGGUCUUGAAGUCGAGUUUACGCCAAGCGUCUGGCACAGGACACCAGAAUUCCUUACCAUGAAAGCUAGACGUGAAAAGGAGAGAAGAGAUUCGCUUCCAUAUGCGUAACGUCUUUCCAGAUAGUGGAAUGAUAUAUAUGGAACAUGAUAU